GAUAUAAUAUUUCCGCUUUAACAAUAGAAUUUAUUAUAGGAAUAAGAACGCUUGGAGAUCUAGACCCUACAAAAAUAGCAUAUCCUAAUGGUGGUUUAAAAGCUUGUCUACGAUGCAGACAUACCAAAAGGAUUGUACAAAUUUACCUCUAUGACCAUUAA